UUGGUCUGAUGUGAUAAGACCAAUUUACGCGUUGAACCCGUGACGGUCAGUCGCUGGCGUAAAGCAGAGGUUACUUUCAGCGUUGACAGCGAGCAUACUAGUUGUGCAAGUCUCAGCUAUCUCACCAAGUAGGCUGAGGGCCGCUUUUAGUUACACUGAACAGACCGCAGCCCACAUGCGAGCCCCCCGCGUGCACGAGCGGCCUCCAGACGGCGGCUGGGGGUGGAUGAUCCUGGUCAGCAACUUCGCCACGUGCUCGAUCAUCUUCGGCGUGCAGAAAUCCUUCGGCGUGUUCUUCGUGGAAUUCCGGGAGUACUUCGGAGAAACUUCGGGUGGGACCGCCUGGAUCAACUCCAUCAUGUCAGCUAUAGCACACGGUGGAGGAGCCCUUGCUGUACCGCUGAGUGUGCGGUUCGGCACCCGGCCUGUGGUGAUGGUUGGCGGGGUGCUGUCGUCCUUGGGUCUCGUCCUCAGCACGUUCGCCAAUAGCGUCUUGUACCUGUACUUCAGCCUGGGGGUACUCACAGGCUUGUCUUACGCCAUGGUUUACGUGCCGUCCGUCACCAUGUUGGGCCGGUAUUUCGACAAGCGCCGCGCCCUGGUGAACGGGAUCGCGCUGUCCGGUAGCGGGGCCACCUUCGCCCUGGCUCCGAUCUGCCAGCUCCUCGAGCAGGAGUAUGGCUGGAGAGGAGCAUUGCUGCUUCUCGGAGGUGUGACCUUGAACCUGUGUGUCAGUGGGGCCUUGCUUCGACCAAUCGUUCUAGCGGCAGAUUUGGUAUCCCAUGAUCCUUCACCUCACACUCAAAUCGAACCGAGCACGCAACUGGCGAUCGGAACGUCCACCGGGGAGUCUCCGGAACAAAAUGACCUUGAAAGAAACAGGAUCAAAGAACAGGGAAAUUUCUCAAGAAUACAACGUAAACAGUUUGACGUCAGUCUGCUGAAGAAGCGGAGGUUUCUGCUCUUCGCGAGCGCGGACCUGUUAUCGUCUUUCAGCUACCUCAUCCCGUAUGUUCACGUGGUGCCCUGCGCGAGAUAUCGCGGGAUCGACGAGACCAAGGCGCCAUUCUUACUCUCCGUCGCCGGCAUCACCGAGGUGUUGGCACGGGUGUUCUCAGGUUGGUUCUCAGACCUCAAAAUCAUCAGCAAACUUCACGUUUACAUGAUGUUCAUAGGACUGAAUGCCUUGGCCUGUUUCCUAUUUCCGCUGGCGACGUCAUAUCCGGCCCUGCUGGCCUACAGCGUUGCCAUGGGAACGUGUACAGGUGGUUUCCGUGCCCUCAUCAUGCCGUUGGUCGCCGAUACGGUGGGCGUGGUCAGGAUGCCAAACGCCUUAGGGCUCACCCUGGUCUGCGAGGGAGUCGGGAUUCUGCUGGGACCUCCUGUAGCAGGCUGGCUGUAUGACGCCACCGACAACUACAACUCGUCCUUUUUCGUAGCCGGAGGCUGCUUUGUGGCAAGUUUGCUUCCUCUCUGUGGACUUUCCUACCUCAGCCGCGUACACCAGAAUGACAGCGAUGCCUGUUCUACAAACCAGAGGACAGAACCGGCCACUGAUACUUGCAGUUCCGUACCUUUAGUAGAACACGAAACAUCUUUUUAGCCUAACAUGAAGGUUUAUCUGAAUUAAAAAUACAUUAUAGAACAAAUAAGAUUCGAAUCCUGCCA